GUUUUGGUGGUUUACAUUUCCACUUCGCUUUACAAUUCUUUCCAAUUUUGUUCUUAGGUGGUUUCGAACAGUAAGCAGAGCUCAGAGCAGCAGACCCAAUCGUCUCUGUGAUUUUGCACCCCCAAUACCCAAGACGGUGUCGUCUUCUUCGUUUUACGGGUUGUGUGAAUUGAGUUCCUGGAGCUGGAUUUGACUUUCUGCGAUGGGAAAAACGCCGGGAAAAUGGAUCAAGAAUUUGCUUCUUGGGAAGAAAUCGUCCAAAGGAAGAGAGAAAUCUGCAAAUAAAGGGGAGACAGUGGUCUCUUCAAAGUUGUCUGUGCCUGAGUUAACUGUCAGUGCACCUGUGAUAUCACCACCAUUGGUUGGGACGGUUGUUAGUAACGUGGACUCAGAAAUCAGAGCAGCUGUUGAAAUACCAAACGAUAACAUUACACUUUCAUCAGCAAAGGAAGAUGGCCAAACACAAGCUAUCUCUAGUUCGGGGUCUCAGGAUCUUCAGAGAAUUAAUCGAGAGGAAGCUGCCACAAAGGCACAGAGUGCUUAUAGAGGAUAUGUGGCUCGCCGUGCGUAUCGAACCCUGAAGGGCAUCAUAAGGCUGCAAGCACUUAUUCGUGGUCAUUUGGUUAGAAGACAAGCUGUAUCCACAUUAUUAUGUGUCCAGGGGAUUGUGAAGUUUCAAGCACUGAUUCGUGGUCAGCAUGUUAGACAUUCUGAUAUUGGGGUUGAAGUGCAUAAAACACAUCAGGGUGCUACAUGUUUCGAUUACUCUGGUGUAAGUGCAUCUUCCCAGGUGGACAGGCUUUCGAAAAAUGCAUUUGCUCAGAAGCUUCUAGCAUCAUUGCCUACUGCUAGUCCUCUACAUCUCCAGUAUGAUCCAGAGGACCCGAACUCAGCCUGGGUGUGGCUUGACCGCUGGACCAGAUCAUGCUUUUGGGAACCUGUUUUACAACUAAAGAAAAAACCUGAUCCGAAGUCUCGUGGCAAAUACAAGAAGAUUCAAACAGUAGAAACUGAACCGGCUAAGCCAAAAAGAACUGUCCGGAGACUGUCCACUGAAAAUGGGCCAAAUCGUGUCACUUCAGAUACUGAAAAGCCUAAACGAAAUAUGAGGAAAGUUUCAAGUCAUCCAAUGAACUCAGUUCAGGAACAUCAACAAAAUGGAGCUGAGAAGGUCAAAAGUAAGGUACGAAAAGUUUCUGGUCCCAAGGAGGUUUCCAAUUCCAAAAAGGUUUCUGAUCCCAAGGAGGAGGUUUCUGAUUCCAAGGAGGAGGUUUCUGACCGGCCAGAGGUUGAUAAGGAGAUACCAAAGCACAGUACAGAAACAAUUUUAGCUCCUGCUGUUCUUGAUGAUUCAGAGCAGCACACUAGUGAGAUUUCUCCAAAGAUGCAACAUGUGGAAGUUUCUGUCUCCAAACACUCUGAUCUAGAAGAAAGUAUGGAGCUGCCACCAACAGAUGAGACAUUGCAAAAGUUAGAUGACCAUCCUUCAGUUGACAUGCAAUCCAUGGAGAAGAAUGGCAAAAAUGAAGAAGUUCAAGCACUAAAUGAGGUUCUAACCUCUGCAGACAACUUUAUUAGCAACGAGGACCAGAAAACCAGCCAGAGAAGGGCUUCUUUACCUGUGAAGUUUGAUCAUCGGGAUAAUGGGGUUCAAACCACACCAAGAGUGCCAAGUUACAUGGCACCAACUGAAUCUGCCAGAGCUAGGCUGAAAGGACAGAGCUCCCCCAGGUUUGCACGAGACGUGAUUGAUAAGAAUCUUUUAACCAGACGGCAUUCUCUGUCUUCUUCCACCAACACCAAGUUAAGUUUACUUUCUCCACGAGCACAAAAAUUGGCUCAAGGCAAAGGAGUGAUCAGAACUGACAGAUCUUUAUCAUCUUCAAGGGAUGGUUUUGAUAAGGGGAUCCAACCUGAGUGGAGGAGGUGAAUUUAGAUGAGGCAGCAGUAUUCCAUGGAAAUAUAUCAAAGGCAGGCAAAAGAAAAAGAAAAAAAAAUUAAUGCUUUGCAGUUUCAAGUUUAUACGGUGUUGUUGGCACCAAGGUACAAUUGUAACCAACACUAAGAUCUAUUUUGUUAAGUAAUAGGUGUGUUUUUAAGAGUCUAGUUUGUUCUUUUCUUUGACAGGAGGGUUUGUUAUGUAGGUCUUGCUGCAUGAUGUUAAUGAUACUCAUCUAUUAUGAGGCCUUGAGCUUCUGAUUUUCUGUGCAUGUUAAAUACUUCGAUUUUCUAUUGGAAAUUACUACGUUGAUAUCA